UUCCCGCAUUUCCCUUCUUUGUUUCAGUAUCUUUUUCUUUAAAUUAAAGCAAACAUUUAUUUCUCUUUUAACUAAUUGCUAUCCAAUUAACAUACGUUCGUCAACAUCUACUCGAAAAAUUCCUCUUUCGCUCUUAUCACAGGUUUGUGUUGCGCCAUGAAAAACCGUUUUUAUAAGUGAUAAAACCAGUCAGUAUGGUCAGUCCACCUCCACCUAGGUCUACUUCGGAAUGUUUUCUCAACUCAUACGUAAUUAACCACAUCUGCAAGUUUCUUGGUACGACGGACAUCAAAAAUUGUCGGCUUGUCUCUCACAUUUUGAAUUAUGGAGCUAUUCCCAUCCUAAAAAAGAGGACAGUAACGAAUUUUGACCUGGAUUUAAAUAUUUUGGAAAUUGUGGAAAAAUGGAAAUUCCGUCCGAUCAAUGUAUUUCUAUCUGUCGAAAUUUGCCCAGACAUUGACCACUUACCGGUGGACAUCUCACCAAUUAACAACUUAAAAUCAAUCGUUCUACAUGUGGGUGGGGAAAUUGGGUGGAUGAUGGAAUACUGUCCAAAUAUUAUUCUCAAUUCGUCCUAUACCUUGGAAGAGUUAACAAUUAUAUGGGAUGAAUUCGACCCGGAUUUGCCAUCCUUUGAAGGCACCGUCUUCCAAAAUUUGACUAAAUUCGUGGUCCGUGGUUGUCCUGGGUCGACCGACCAAACCGUGAAAACGAUUUAUCCCGCGAUUACCAAGUCAUUCACGAAAUUAAGCCAUCUAGAACUCAAUUAUUACCAAAUAAUUGCAUUUGCCGAGUUGGGAUUGGUGGAAAAUUUUCCAGCGUCAAUCAACUCUUUGGUAGUCGAAGGGCUUUUUGACAUCAAAGUGGGCGAAUGGCUGCUCCAGUUCCCUCCCACUUUAAAACGUCUAACCAUGAAGGAAUCCUCUUACUACUGCGACCACCGUCCUCGCCUCAGUGGCGCAUAUUUAGACCAGCUGUCAACGACGUUGUAUAAUUUACUAAAGAAACUUUCUCCCAGCCUGGAAGCAUUUGAGAUUAAUAUGGAACCCUAUCACAAUAUUAAGACAGUAAUGACCUUAACUUUUCCGGUUUUUCCCGUCAUGAAAAGUUUCAAAAUAAUCGGAAAUCCGGAUACCUUUCAAGCCGUUGAAUUUGAAUCUAGUCCUGGGCACUUUGCUGAGAUUGAUUACAAAAUAUGCUUUCCCAUGUUGGAAAUCUUGGAAAUUUCCAUUGCUGAAAGAAAUCUGUUUCCUGGAGAAAGUGAAUUCUUCCCUGAUGGCUGUACAGUUGUGGAGUCUGUCAAAAAAGUUGGAAUAGACUUUGUAUCUUUAAGAAAUGAUACUGACAAGGUAUAUGCGGCUCAUCUUUUCACACGAGGUUUGGAAAUGUUUCCCAAUGCGAAAGAAUCGUUGGUGAAUAGUAUGAAGAAAGUCUUCCAGUGGUAAAUCAUUGCCUUUGAAUAGAACUUCGUCUAGUCAUGUCGUACUUAAAGAUUAGCUAUCAAUUUUGAAGUAGUCCAGUGUUAAUUUUAAUUUAUGUACUUCACUUUGUAGGAGAAAGCUAGCAAACUUUUUUUUUAAUGCAAAGUUAUUUAAAGUUACGUUGGGCUGAAUCUCAUGUAUUAGGGGACUAAAUAAAUCAGACGAUGGAAAAA